UGGAUUUGCGUUGAGUCCUGCCCUCCGGAUAGCACCACCCAUGUGGCACUCAAUUCCAUCACAACUGCGGUCGAGUUUGUAUGUCUUCAUACUGGAAUCUCACACCAUCUUCCACCUGGUACACCAAGAAAAGGGGAUGAGUGUUUCAUUUUCUGUACCUCGCCAGAAUUACUCAGUCCUCAAAUGCUUACUCGUCUCUCUUGGUUGUCUACGGCUCUCCUUAUCUUUUGUGGUCUUUUGGCCCUCUUCGUCGUUGUCUACUUCGCUUACGUGUGCUCUCGCGUUGUAACUCGUCGGCGCAAGUCCAGGCGCGGGCCUACAGCAGACCAAACGCAUAGUGGUCUAAGUUCUAUGUGCAAUCAAUUUUGGAUGCGAGCAGUUGUUGUGGAACCGGAGGAGGAGAAGAAUGAAAGGCGAUUAAGCAAAUCACGAAGAAAUAUAAGUCUGCGCUCGCUUCCUGUGCGGUCAAGCACGGUUAACAGUGAUGAUGAGCAAAGCUGUCUUGUAUCACCCCAAGCGGAUGCAAUGCCCGAUAUGACCACGUUGCUCAUAAUACCUGAAUACCAGUUGAAACUGGGCAGUCGGGUAGGUGGUGGAGCGUUUGGUUCGGUCUACCGAGGCAUCUGGUACAAGGGUCCAAUUUCCCCAGGAUUUGCAAAGAAGGUGGACAACUUGUUUGCCGAAGCUGCCAAGAUUGAAUCGGAGAAACCGAAGUUGGUACCAUUGGAUUCAUUGGUGGAGGACAAUGCAUACGCCAGCACAGAAUUAGAGUACCUCACGAUGGAAGAGGAAGAUGAAGGGGACACAAAAGAGACCCAAGGAGAGGAGAAGCCAGUAAACCUAGAGGAGAAAACAGGAUUGAAGCUCCCAACACAAGCGGAAGAAUCUGGGACUUCCGAGCAAAGUGAAACGUUCACAUGUGUUUCGCAGGAGUGCCAAUUUCAUUUCUCCGAAGAUUACGAGGCGGAAGGAGAA